AACCGACCAAUGACGGGGAGGGGAAGGGGCGCGGCCGGGAUCGCGCCCCUGCCAUUGGCUCAUUCGAGAGCGAGAGAAGGGCGGAGCUCCGGGAAAGGCUGAGCUUCUCCGCUCCGCCGCUCAGCUGCUUUCAGAACCAAGUCGGGAUCCGCAGCUGGUGGGUGGCUGCGCGGCGCCUUUGGAUGGCUCUGCGUGGCCGGGCGAGGACUCCAUCCUUUCCGAUCCUGAACUAGCCUUUGGAGGAACCCUCCCUUCCUUUCUGUGCCUGGCCGGCUUCUUUGGAUAGCAGGAGGGGGGGUGGCGGCCCCGAGGGACGGAAUCCGGCAGGCAGCAUGUCCGAAGAGGCGCUCCUGAGCAUGGACGAAGGCACCCUCCGGAAACUGCUGGAGGCCACCCUGGACUUCUCCGAGCGCAGGCAGAUCCGUUCGGCUAUCCGGGAGCUACGCCGGCAAGAGCUGGAACGCGAUGAGGAGGCGCUGGCGUCCAAGCGUUUCAGGACGGAGCGGCAGGAGAACAAGGAGAACCGGCUGAGGUCGUGGCAGCAAGAGGAGGAACAGAGGCAGCAAAAGUCUCUGGACGCCCUUUCGAGAAAGCUGGAGAACAUCCAGGAUGUGGAGGAGCUGACCAGCUUGCUGCGAGGAACCAGCGAGUACGAAGAACGUAAACUCAUCCGGGCUGCUAUCCGCCAGCUGCGCGCGGAAGAAAUCGAAGCUGCAAAGUUGGCGGGAAAAGCUUUCACACACCGAAGGGCCACUGACACGGCUCGGGCACCCAAGGAGCAAGACGAAAACGCUGCACGAAACAGAAACGCCCAGGUGCAGAAGCGAGCAGGGCAGGAGCUGAUCGAAAGCCAGAUCCAGAAGCAGCUGGAUCCCAAGCUGGACGACAGUCCAGAGUCUUCUUUGGGGACCGUUCUGCUCCUGGAAGCCGUCUCCAGCCACCCGCCUUCCGAGUCGGCUCCUUUCCCGGACGGCGAGUCGAGCGGUGAAGACCCCGGGCCCAACUCCCAUGAGCAGGAUUCCGGCCCCCAAGCACAGCCUUCUUCCCAGGAGGAGGAAGAGGAGGAGGAAGAAGAAGAAGCUGGAGUCCUGGCACCCCCCAAAGUCCAGGAGGGGCUGAGCUCCUCCGAAGGGGAAGCCGCCUCUCAAAGCAGGAAAGAGGAGCAGCUGGAGCUGGGCAGCGUUGUGGGGGAGGCCCCCCCAAAAGAAGAGCCCCUCCUGAGCCAGGACAGAGAGAUUGUGCCUCAGGCCCCAGAAGAAGGAGGAGAAGGUGCUGCCGGCCAGAAGGGAGACAGGCCAGCAACUGGAGCCUCCCGAAUGAUAGAAACGGACGGCUUCAAAGCUCCUCCACAACUACCUGGUGCAGAGCCGUGCAGGGAACAGCAGCCCUUCCAAAGAGCCGGCUCCAUCCGCGAGCGCGCUCGCAAAUUCAACUCGGACCCCCCGAACCUUCCAGCUGCGCCCCCGAAGGGAGAGAAGGCCGUCGGAAGGCUGCCCGCCCUGCCACAACAGCAUCUUCUGCCCUCCCAUUGCGCGGCCAACUCACCCUUGCGGGACCGUGGCGGCCCUGCCGUUCGGACGCUCCAGGCUGGCAGCAAGACGCAGGAGGCAGCCCGGAUCGGCCCUUCUCACGCCAAGGCUGGGGCGGGCAGCGGGCCCCCUUCGCAAGCUCCGUCCAUCCCUAAAGAGGCAGGCGGUCCCCAAGGGCGGAUCCAGGGCGGCCAAUGGCAGGAGAGGAAGCUGCCCCCCGCCCGGUCCGGUGUUGAAAACGCCAAGGGGGGCUCCACGGACCCAGAGGUGCUCGGUAACCAGCAAAGCGGUGCGGCCCACAAUCCGGCAGGCUCCCUGCUCCGCCGUCCGGCUGCCCACCCUGACGACGAGAUGAAGACCCUCCUGACCAUUGAAAUCAAGGACAGUCGCCAUCAGCCGCUGCGGGGCCACCUGGCGGGACCCACCGGGAACCAGAGAGCAGAGCUCACCUUGGGACUGAGGAACUCCCCGCUGCGAAUCACUACCUCCAGCCAUGGCGGCUCCAGCGGCAGCUUUCAGAAGAUGGACGCCGAGUUACCGACGCAGCCCAAGGCGGCCCUGCUGACCAGGACAGAGAAGGAGAAGGUGCCGGAGGAGCGAAAACCAAACCGACUGAGCGCUGAGGAGCUGAGCAAAAUUGAAGAAGAAGACGUCUUGGAUAAGAUGUUGGACCAGACCAGAGACUUCGAGGAGCGACGUCUCAUCCGGGCAGCCAUGCGGGAUCUGCGCCAGCGGAAGCGAGACCAGCGAGAGAAGGAGCGGAACCAGCGGCUGCAAGAGGCCAAGGCGAAGGGGGGCUCUCACACCACCGAGACCACCGCCCAGCAAAGCCGGACGUCAGCGGACGGCUCAGCCGUCAGCACGGUCACCAAGACCCAGCGCCUCGUGCAGUCCAAUGAUGGCAACAAAGCGUCCCGCACAAUCACAAUGGAGGCAAGCUACACAAAGAGAUCAGAAAAAGAUGGCAACACCUUUGUCCAGACCAAAUCCUACAGCUCGUCAUCUUCCAAGAAAGUGGGCAGCAUCUUCGAACGGGAGGAUCCGAGCCCCAGGUCCGGGAGCAGUCUAGCUGACUUGGAGCGGCGCCAAGCCGAGAGGAAGAAGGAGUUCAUGAAGGCCCAGGCCAUGCCCAAGAUGUCCGCCUCGCAGGCACGCAAGGCCAUGAUCGAGAAGCUGGAGAAGGAGGGCGGGAGCCCCGCCAGCCCCGCGAUGGCCCGGGUGGGCAUCCAGCGCUCCUCCAGCUUCGGGGUCCCCAAUGCCAACACCAUCAAGCAGAUGCUUCUGGAUUGGUGCCGCGCCAAGACUCGGGGCUACGAGCACGUGGACAUCCAAAACUUCUCCUCCAGCUGGAGCGACGGCAUGGCCUUCUGCGCACUCGUCCACAACUUCUUCCCCGAGGCUUUCGAUUACACGCAGCUCUCGCCCCAGGACCGGAGGCGCAAUUUUGAGAUGGCUUUCUCCGCAGCUGAGAUGCUGGUGGAUUGCGUCCCGCUGGUGGAUGUGGAAGACAUGAUGAUCAUGGGGAAACGUCCGGAUGCGAAAUGCGUCUUCACCUACGUCCAGUCCCUCUACAACCACCUGCGGCGUCACGAGCUUCAGCGGCGUCAGGCGCACCUGUAGCCUCCUCCUCUUCGAGAGACUCACCCACCCACCCACCCUUCAAAAGGCUGGGCGGGCAGUCGAGGAGAGAGGGCAGCUUUCCCCGCUCUCCCCAAUCGUCACCUCCUCCUCUUCUGGGGGUUUGAGCAGCACCUGCCCCCCUCACCGCAGGCCAGCCACUGACAAUUUGGACCACGCCAAGGACCGGGUUGGGCCGCCCAACCCAGAAAAAUGGGACCGGAAGGUUUGGCUGCCAACUCUGCACCACACCUGCUUUUUAUACCAAGGUUGUUUUGAUUGUGGCUUGUAAGUUAUUCUGUUUUUUAAAAGAAGAAGAAGAAGCCCAUAGCGCCCCACUCCCCCAGUCUGACGGUACAAACGACCCUGGGCUUGCUUUCCCUGAAGCCUCAAACGAAACCAAACGGGAUCAGUUUGGAGGUCGCUUGCAAGAGAUCCACUGGAGAUUCAGCUUACGGUUCACGUGUUGUGUGACUCCCCACGUUUUGGAAAUGCAGGCUAGUUCAUUUGAUUGCAGCAGCUUUUUCCCUCCCCUCUCCCAGUUCCUAGGGACCCCCACCCCAUCCUCCCCACCCCACUGAAGGCAAGCCAAGCUCUUGCGGGGGGGCACAUGUAAAACCCCUCUUGGUGGGGGAUGGGAUGUUGGCCUUUUGCGUCCGCCUCGGGUUCCUCCCCAGCAAAGCCCAGCCUGAUCACGGAUAGCCGUGUGUUUUCACGUUUUUUUGCACGCCUUUUUGUCACGGAGAAAAAGCUGGCCUCUGGCUGCGAAGGAGGAGCGGGGACGUGGGAAGGGAAAGAGGGGAGGUUGUGCUCUUGACCCCUCCACCCAUCCCAAAUUAGCUCGCCUCGGUCUUUGGAGAGGCAGCCUCUUGCGCUCGGCGGCCGCGACUGUGGAAUCGUGCACUUUCCUCGGUUCGCAAGAAAAUACUAGAGGAGGGGCGCUUUUUAAAAACCCAAGGCCUGCCAUGGGAUGGGGAGGGGGCUGUGCCAGCUCAGAGGGGCUCUUUCCACCGGCGGUUACCAACAACAGAUGUUGCCUAGAUGUUCCUUCAGCCUCUUGCCAGAGGGCUGCUGAGGAGGGCGGUAUCUCAACUCCUUGACCAAGGAGGACCCAGAUGGGGAGUUUUAUUCCCGUGGGUUCCCGCCGGGGUGCUGUUCCUCUGGUACCCUCCCCCACCAAGCUGCCUUGCCUGCUUCCUCAAGUGACUCCGAAGUGGGGCAGGCCAGUCCCUGGGGGCUGCGUGGGGUGGAAACAGGACCGUGGACUGCGCGCCUAUGCGCUGCCACCCUCCCUCUGGGAUUGUAGCCGUUCUUCGCACCAGCACAAGAAUGUAUCAGCACCACCAAGUCAAUAAAGCGUUUGGAUUGUU